GCAUUGCGUUUUGAGGCUGGUCUGCUAGAGCUAAGAUGACCGACUUUGAGGAACCGCUCUCCGACGAGGAGAAGGUCCGCAUAGCAGCUAAUUUUGUUACCCAUGCUCCACCAGGCGAGUUCAAUGAAGUCUUCAACGAUGUGCGGCUUCUCCUCAACAAUGACAACCUCCUCAGGGAGGGGGCAGCGCAUGCCUUUGCUCAGUAUAACAUGGAUCAAUUUACCCCAGUAAAACUGGAGAAUUCGGAGGAGCUGGUUCUGAUUACAGAGCAUGGGGAUUUGGGUCAGGGACGCUUCUUUGACCCACGGAGCCGCAGGUCGUUCCGUUUUGACCACCUGCGCAAGGAGGCCAGUGAUCCGCAGCCUUACCAGGGUGAGACUGCACUGCACUCCUGGAGAGACGCCUGUGACACUGCACUUGGUGCCUACGUCAAGGAGCAUUACCCUACUGGAGUGUGCACGGUAUAUGGAAAAACGGUGGACGGCCAGAAGACCAUUAUUGCCUGCAUCGAGGGACAUCAGUUUCAGCCUAAAAACUUCUGGAACGGGCGCUGCAGGUCAGAAUGGAAGUUCACCAUCAACCAGUCUUCCUCUCAGGUGGUGGGGGUGCUGAAAAUCCAGGUGCAUUAUUAUGAAGAUGGCAAUGUGCAACUGGUCAGUCAUAAAGAGGUGGAGGACUCCAUCAUAGUCAGUGAUGAAGAGUCAACCGCCAAGGAGUUUGUAAAAAUCAUUGAAAAUGCAGAGAAUGAUUACCAGACGGCCAUCAGUGAGAACUACCAGACGAUGUCAGACACAACCUUCAAAGCUCUGCGCAGGCAGCUCCCCGUCACCCGCACCAAGAUCGACUGGAACAAGAUUCUCAGCUACAAGAUCGGCAAAGAGAUGCAGAAUGCCUAAGACGUGCCUGGUUCCAGCUCUCUUCCUCUCUCAAUGCAGAACCGGUCAAAAAGAAAACCACAUGCUGUUUGCUAACCAGAGGGAGACCCCCCUGCUCCCCCAGCCCCUGAAAAAAAAAAACAGGAAAAAAAAUAAAAACCAAAUAAGUCAAGGAACUUGCUCUAUCAAUAUUACUAAGAGGAUGUGAUUCCAUUCAAUUUCGGGUUUGUAAAAGGACUCAGCUAUUGGAGGAGGGUCGGACAUGAGCUUUAGAAGGAGUCUGGAUCUAAAUUGCUGGCAAAUUCAAUGCCAUUAUUGCAUUUAUGUGAAUUCAUCUGACCUGUCUAUCCAAAAUUCUUCUGAAAGGGUGCACAGUGUAGUUGUUGGGUUUUUUUUGUUGGGUUUUUUUUUUUCCUUUUUUUUUUUUUUUUUUUGGUGUUGUGAGCUGCGAUGGUUUGGAGCAUCUGUGAGUAUGGUUUAAUUGUCCUUAAGAGACGCAGAGUACUGCUGUCUGUCUUGCUCAGUAACUACUGACUGCAGUACAAUACUCGGAGCAAACCUCCUCUUCCUUCAGUCUUGGAGUGCGUUCAGAGAGAAGGCUUGUGUCUGAGUGUUGGAAUUGGUCUUUGUCUUAAUGCUUCACUCUUAGUACCUCCUUCCACCUGUAACUAAACCCUCCCAAAAAAAGACAUUCAAAAUAUGUACGGAUUCCUGAAUCAAGAAAACAAAACAAACAAAAAAAAAAGUCCUUUUUCCAAUGGCAGAGAAAUCCCUGUUAAUUCUGAGUUUCAUAUUUAUACAUACAGAUGUUAUAUUUUACUAAGCAGUCCUUAAAACCCACAUUAGCACUGUUUUGUUGUAGGCAUCCUGUGCGCUUUGGGGUGUCCAGAAUUGAAUGAUUCUUACAAUGCAAACAGCAAUUCGGAGUUGUUCUAUGCACUCUGCUGUCCUGGAACCGAAGGGGGCGUCAUCAGUGUUGCUGUCGCAUGUUCAUGUCAUGGUACUGUUCAGUGCUUCACCACUGUAAAAUUCACCCUGAACACAGAAGCAUUGUUACACUGUAUAAUAUCACUCUCACAUCACCUCUAUGUCUCUCUCUGUCCUGUAACAAAGCUCUUAUGCUGAUUUUAGCAAAGUCUAUGCUACUCACAGGUAAUAAAGAAUUGGCACCAAACUGA